UUAGAUCGUACAACCUCUCUCUCUCUCCCCAGAGCAAUAGGAGCUUGACCGGACGGCCUCCGUCCAACUCUGGCGACCGUCAACUCCGGCCACCGGAUUUGCUUCCCCGCCAGCCUCCGCCCAACCCUGGCGACCGUCAACUUCAGCGAGGCAGUUUUGCGGUGAGGUGUGUCUGUCCCGGCCAUCGAUGGGUCCGAUGACGGCGACAAGGUAGUGGCUUCACCGGCUGGCGCUGGAUCCGGCAUCCACGACGCCUCUCGGCGGCCUCCUCGUCCAUCUCAUCCCCGAUGUGAUCAGCUCGUGAGCACGGGCACCAGGACGGGUCAUCGCGAGAUCCGGCGACUCCAAGCCUGACCGCCACCGAAUUUUAUCGUCGGCCUCCCCUGCUACUUCAGUUUCAGAUAUUUGUUGAACAUUCUUUGUUUCUUUACUAGAUCAUCGGCCUCCCCUGGUACUGCAGUUUCAGAUAUUUGUUGAACAUUCUUUGUUUCUUUACCAGAUCGUCGGCCUCCCCUGCUACUUCAUUUUCAUAUAUUUGCAACUUGAUUUGAACAUUCUUUGUUUGUGACAGAGAGCAUGCGGUAUAGUUUUUUGAAAGAGACUGAGAUCUAUGAAAUUACUUAUCUGAAAAUAUGUAAUUACUUCCCUGUAAUAUAUUUGAAUGUGGUGUUGCAAGUUGUGAAACAAAUUUAUGUGAAAUGAUUUGUGGAAUAUAUGUGAAUUUAUAUUUCAAUAUGGUGAAACUGACAAUUUCAGUCUGUGGAAGUGUUACAUAUUUCUGAAAAUGGUUGGAAUGAUUUUGAGUGGGAUAUGAAUUGAAAUAGUUGUGUGUAGUUGAGCUGUGCAAAAAAUGUGAAACUAAUAUUUCAAUGUAUUGUUGCAAGUUGUGAAACUAAUUUCUCUAAAAUAUAUGAAAUUACUUCUCUGAAAUACAUAAAACUGAUAUUUCUCAUAUUUGUAACUUGUUAUUUCAGUGAGAAAUUACUUCCUUGAAAUGUAUUUCAAUGUGGUGUUGCAAGUUGUGAAACUAUUUUUUGUCCAAAUAUAUGAAAUUACUUCUCUGAAAUAUAUGAAACUGCCAUUUCAUAUAUUUGUAACAUGUUGUUUCGGUGAGAAAUGUACUGAAAUAUAUGAAAUUACUUUCCUGAAAUAUAUUUCAAUGUGGUGUUGCAAGUUGUGAACCUAAUUUCUGUGAAAAUAUAUGAAAUUACCACAUUGAAAUAUAUGAAACUGCUAUUUGUCAUAUUUGUAACUUGUUAUUUUAGAAAGUGAGAGAGGUUUGUCCUUUGUGAAAAAUGUGAAACUGGGAUUUCAAUGUGUUGUUGUAAGUUGCAAAACUAAUUUCUAUGAAAAUAUAUGGAAUUAGAUCUCUGAAAAAUAUGAAACAACUAUUUCUCUUAUCUGUCAUUUGUUAUUUCAGUGAUAUAUGUAUUGAGAAAUUACUUCCCUGGAAUAUAUUUCAAUGCGGUGUUGCAAGUUGUGAAAAUAAUUUCUGCGAAAAAUAUGAAAUUACUUCUAUGAAAUAUAUGAAACUGUUGUUUCUCUUAUCUAGCAUUUGUUAUUUAAGUGAGAUGUGUAUUGGGAAAUAUGAAAUUACUUCCCUGAAAUAUAUUUCAAUGUGUUGUUACAAGUUGUGAAAGUAAUUUCUGUGAAAAUAUAUGAUAUUAGAUCUCUGAAAAAUAUGAAACUGCUAUUGGUGUAUAUGUAAUUUGUUAUUUCAGUCAUAUAUGUAUUGAAAUGUAUGAAAUUACUUCCCUGAAAAUAUAUGUAAUUACUUUACUGAAAUACAAAAAUAUACAUCACUUACAUGGCUCAGCUACACAUAGAUAUGUGAAAUUUAUAUUACAAUGUAGUGUAACUAGACUAUUUUAGCCUAUGCAAGUGUUAUAUGCUUCUUAAGAGGAUUGCAAUAUUUUUUGAAAUAUUUGAAAUGAUAUUUCAGUUAGGUAUGAAUUGAAAUAGCUAUGUGUAGCUAAGUUGUUUUGGAAAAAAAUACGAAACUGACAUUUAAAGUGAAAGAGGUUGAUCCUUUGAAAAAUAAGCUGAUAUUUUUGUACGUGUGUGAACUGUGAAGUGAGACCGGCUUCAGUGGCUGAAAUCACGUGGGUAGGCCCAGCUGGUCAAAUCACGUGGGCGGGGACCAGCCAGUGGCAGAUGUAGAGGGUGGACAGGAUGGGCCAUGGCCCACCCUGAGAUUGGAUAAUGGGCUUUAUACCAUAGGGAAAAAGCUUAAAAAAUUAUAUAUACAAUUGCAAUGUUGGCCCACCCUGACCCAAUGGGCUAGGUCCACCACUGAGACCAGCUGGUGGAAUACAACGGUUUAAAUGAAGUAAUGUGUGCAAUACAAGAUACAUCUUAUGACAAUUUUUGAGGUGGCAAGAUUUUAUUGGUCAGAGAAGCUCCGGUAGAUCCCGGGAACGGUAAAAAGAGGUUUGCGGCCAGCUAGCCAUCAUCGAGGAAAAAGUGCAGCUCCAGGCUAUCGUCGUGAUGCACUGAUGCCCCCUAUGGGCCCCUGAAGUCCUGAACCCAUGCUAGUCACCCACACAUUCCUCUCCUCCGUUAAAGAAAGAGAUAGAAGAUCUCUUUGCUCCCUCCCCGACCGUUACGUUCAAACGCGCCAAUCCGACCGUUACCCAUAAAAAACACACCACGAUCCACCCACAAAGCCAUCUCUUGCCGAACACCUGCUCUGCUCCUACUGUCCUGUCGGAAUCCCCAAGCUAAACGCUUCAAUAAUACUCCCACAAGAACUGCGCGCUCCACAAAAUCCCAUGACCCGAAUCCCUCGCCAUCACCACCACCACCGAUGGCCGCCGACCUCCUCCUCCUCCGCUUCGUGCCGCUCCUCCUGCUGCUGCUAGCGGCGUCCCUCGUGCCGCCCGCCUCCUCCGCGUCGCCGUCGGCGGGGAAGAACAACACCGUCAGUAUCGACUCGGCCACGCUCUCCUUCUCCGACCUCACGCUGCUGGGGGACGCCUUCCUGCGGAACGGCUCCGUGGGGCUGACGCGCGACACCGGCGUGCCGUCCUCCAGCGCCGGCACCGUGCUCUGCAGCCGCCCCGUCGCACUCCGGGGCAGCGCCAACGCCACCGCCUCCUUCGCCGCCAGGUUCUCCUUCGUCAUCGCCAACCAGAACGCCGGCUCCACCGGCGGCGACGGCAUCGCCUUCUUCAUCUCCUCCGACCGCGCCACGCUCGGCGCUACCGGCGGCUACCUCGGCCUCUUCAACUCCUCGGUCGCUGCUGCUGCCGUUCCGAAUGACGACGACGCCGACGACCCCGCCAUCGUCGCCGUGGAGUUCGACACCAUGGUCAACGCCGAGCUCGGCGACCCCAGCGACAACCACGUCGGGCUGGACCUCGGCUCGCCGGCCUCCGUCAGCGCGGUCGACCUCGCAGACUCCGGGAUCGUCCUCAAGAGCGGCAACCUCACCACCGCGUGGAUCGAUUACCGCGGGGUCGAACACCUCCUCGAGGUAUCGCUGAGCUACUCCGGUGUCAAGCCGAAGAGGCCCGUCUUCUCCGCGGUCGUCGACCUCUCGCCGUACCUCAAGGAGGCCAUGUACGUCGGCUUCUCUGCCUCCACGGAGGGGAGCACACAGCAACACACCAUCAAGGAAUGGACCUUUCAGACCUUCGGAUUGCCGCCGGCGACCAACGCCUCCUCCUUUACCAACACCACGAGCAAUGUCUCGGAGCCGGCGGUGCCCGGCGUGGCCGCGAGCGGCGGGGCGACCAGCAAGAAAAGGUUUGGGCGCGCCAUCACCAUCCUCGGCCCCGUCGCGCUCGCCGUCGCGUUCAUGUUCUUCGCCUGUGUGUCCGUCAAGAAGCUGGCGGAGCUCAGCUCCAAGAAGGACGCCGUCUUCCUGCCGGGGCUGCUCAAGGGGCCAAGGAAGUUCAGCCACAAGGAGCUGAGCAUGGCGACCAGAGGAUUCCACGCGAGCAGAGUCAUCGGCAGAGGCGCGUUCGGCACGGUGUACAAGGCGGCCAUGCCGGGCGCGGCCACCACGUACGCCGUGAAGCGGUCGACGCAGGCGCACCAGAGCCGGAGCGAGUUCGUCGCCGAGCUCUCCGUCAUUGCCUGCCUCCGGCAUAAGAACCUGGUCCAGCUCGAGGGCUGGUGCGACGAGAAGGGCGAGUUGCUGCUCGUGUACGAGUACAUGCCCAACGGCAGUCUGGACAAGGCGCUGUACGGCGACCCCUGCACGCUCUCCUGGCCGGAGCGCCACAACGUGGCCGCCGGCAUCGCGUCCGUGCUGUCCUACCUCCACCAGGAAUGCGAGCAGCGCGUGAUCCACAGGGACAUCAAGACGGGCAACAUCCUGCUCGAUGGCAACCUGAGCCCCCGGCUGGGCGACUUCGGGCUCGCCCGGCUCAUGGACCACAACAAGAGCCCGGUAUCCACGCUCACCGCGGGCACCAUGGGGUACCUCGCGCCGGAGUACCUGCAGUCCGGCAAGGCCACGGACCAGACCGACGUGUUCAGCUACGGCGUGGUGGUGCUGGAGGUGUGCUGCGGGAGGCGGCCGAUCGAUAGGGAGGAGGCCGACAAGGACGGGGCCGGGAGCAAGAACAACGUAAACCUGGUGGACUGGGUGUGGCGGCUGCACGGCGAGGACCGGCUCAUCGAGGCCGCCGACGCGCGGCUGAACGGCGAGUUCGACCGGGAGGGGAUGCUGCGGCUGCUGCUCGUCGGGCUGAGCUGCGCCAACCCGAACUGCGAGGAGCGGCCGGCGAUGCGGCGGGUGGUGCAGAUACUGAACAGCGAGGCCGACCCGGUGCCGGUGCCGCGGAAGAAGCCGCUCCUCGUGUUCAGCUCCAGCGCGUCGAUCAAGCUGCAGGAGAUGGCCUUCUCCUGCGGCGACGACGUCAGAGGAGGCUACCCGGCGGCCACCACCACCAACCCGGCGUCCCCGAGAUCGGAGGGAGCCGACAUAGAAAGGUGAUCAAAGGAAAACAAUGUGCUGUUGUGUGAUUCUCGUACACGUUUUGUUGUGAUGUGCUUUCUCAUAAGGGGAAUAUAGGUAAUAAUCCCCAAUGGUGUAUGAUUGUUGGAAUGCUAAUAAGCUUAUUGGUGUGUUUAUCUGGUUUAA